AUGGGCCCCUGUACCGCCUCCUCAUGCUGCUGCCAGGCCCGUAAUCUGCCAUGGGCCCCUGUACCGACUCCUCAUGCUGCUGCCAGGCCCGUAAUCUGUCAUGGGCCCCUGUACCGCCUCCUCAUGCUGCUGCCAGGUCCAGAGUGUGUCAUGGGUCCCUGUACGGCCUCCCAUUGCUGCUGUCUCCAUCGCCACACUCUGCCAUGUGCCACUUUCAGGUCUCCUCACACUGCUGGUGGGUUCCAUUUUGUCAUAGGGUGCUGUAUGGCCUCCCAUUGCUGCUGCCUCCACCGCCACACUGUGGCUCCACACUCUGGUUUUGGCCCCGUGACUGCCCAAAUGAGUGAAGUGUGCGGUGAUUCUAAGAUCGACGGCACUCAUCUGCAUGUCAUACUGACUGACAGUAUUAGUUCUCUUCCCCAGCAGACUCCAAGGGCAUUUAAAUUAAAGGUACAGUGUUCUGCACUAAUAUAA